UGCGCUGAUAAAACAUGCAUAACUUAUAACUUCCCUAAUGAUACUGAUUGAAACGAGUCUGUGUUGUUUUAACGGAGCUGUAAGUUGCAGACGUCCCCUGCCCGUUACACCGCGAGCUUGGCGAGCGCUCGUGAGAGGGACGCACCGGCGUUAAUAGGAAACCAGAGCAAAUACACAUAGUAAACCGCGCGGAAUGAGAUGCGAGGGAUAACACGAGUGCAUUGUUUUAUAGCUUGCAUCACAAUAGCAGGACAUGAUACCGGCAGAAACUGUGAUUUUACGAGCUCGGUUGAACGAAAUCGUGUGUGAGAGGCAGUGAGUGGAGGGGAUCAUCCGAAGAUUGUGAUAAUAAAGACAUCCCUCUAGCCCGCCUCCGCAGGCAGCAUCCACAGCUCCAUCCUCUCUCUCCCGCUCACUCUCCGCACGUUCAUCUCGCCUCUGACUUUCUCCAAACAUCGACCCAAUGAAGGAGCCCGACGCCAUCAAACUCUUCAUCGGGCAGAUCCCACGCAAUCUGGAGGAGAAGGACCUCAAGCCCAUCUUUGAGCAGUUCGGCAAGAUCUACGAGCUGACUGUGAUCAAGGACAAGUACACAGGCGUGCACAAAGGAUGUGCCUUUCUGACGUAUUGUGCACGGGAGUCAGCCAUUAAAGCACAAAGUGCUCUUCAUGAACAGAAAACCCUGCCAGGGAUGAAUCGGCCCAUUCAAGUGAAGCCUGCGAACAGUGAGGGGAGAGGAGAGGAUAGAAAGCUGUUUGUGGGGAUGUUGGGAAAGCAGCAGUCUGAUGAGGACGUGAGGAAGAUGUUUGAGCCUUUUGGGAGCAUUGAUGAGUGUACGGUACUGAAAGGACUUGACGGCACCAGCAAAGGUUGUGCGUUUGUGAAGUUCCAGACUCACUCAGAGGCCCAGUCUGCCAUUAACAGUCUGCAUGGGAGCCGAAUUCUUCCGGGUGCCUCCUCUAGUCUGGUGGUGAAGUUUGCAGACACAGAGAAGGAGCGCGGGAUGCGGCGCAUGCAGCAGGUGGCCUCGCAGCUCAACAUCUUCAGUCCGGUGACACUCAACUUUAAUGCAUAUAAUGCCUACACACAAGCACUGCUUCAGCAGCAGGCGCUGGCUGCGCAGUCGUCAUACCUGUCACCUGUAUCUACAGUAGCGGCGCUGCAGAUGCAGCAGAUGGCAGCACUCAAUGCUAACGGCAUCAUAGCUGCACCCAUCACACCCUCGUCAGGUGAUCACCACCGUCACCACACAGCACAGCUACCUGUGCUUCAGGAACCAGGUACAAACACUCCGCCCUCUAUUGCAGCCACUCCCAUCUCGGCUCUGCCUCCACCAAUCGGAGUGAACGGCUAUAGUCCCAUAACGGUAAACACCAAUGGACUGCCAGCUUCAGAAAUCUACACCAACGGUGUUCAUCCAUAUCAAGCCCAGAGUCCGGUGGCGGCGCUGUUAGAUCCGCUCCAGCAGGCGUACGCAGGCAUGCAGCACUAUACAGCAGCCUAUCCAGCCGCAUAUGGAUUGGUCAGCCAGCCGUAUAUACAGCAACCCACCCUGGUUUCCCAGCAACAACUGCAGCAGCAGCAGAGAGAAGGUCCUGAGGGGUGUAACAUCUUCAUUUACCAUUUGCCUCAGGAGUUCACUGACUCAGAAAUGCUCCAGAUGUUUCUGCCGUUCGGUAACGUCAUUUCUGCAAAAGUCUUUGUCGAUCGGGCCACCAAUCAAAGCAAGUGCUUCGGCUUUGUGAGCUUCGAUAACCCAGCGAGCGCUCAGACGGCCAUCCAGGCCAUGAACGGAUUUCAGAUCGGCAUGAAGAGACUCAAAGUGCAGCUGAAAAGACCGAAAGAUGCCAACAGACCCUACUGAGACACAGACAGGAUGGAGAUUAUUGAAGCGUUCACGCAGCAGACGGACUCCAGACGCUGAGCUGCACAGGCUGAAUUGUUAACGUGAGAUGUUUGUUAUCUUGCACACUCACACGUGUGCGCUUAUGCAAAGGACAAAUAAAAGAUCAUGCACAUAAAUCACAUGCAUUCAAACUCUCAAGUCAUGGAAAGAUGUCAAUGGUAUUAACACACACACACACACAAAAAAAACAUGCUACUUCUUAUGGACCUUCUUAGCUCUACAAAUGUAUAAAACUAUCAUUUUUCAUACAAAAUGUAAAAAAAUACAAAUACAAAUAAAAAGAGAAGACCAGCCACAUUAAAUGACCAUAAUCAGGUUAAAAUAAUUAAGCUAAAAAUAAACUAUUUAAAAAAUUUGCAUUAAAGCAAAAGACGA